AUAUAUCGAUUGGACGGUCGAUGGCUGGCCAGCGCUAGUGGAAAAGCGAGAAAAACGAGAAAGAGAAGCGAAAAGCGAUCGGAGAACAGUGCAAAAAGUGCGGACAGGAAAGCAAAGGCAAUAGCGAAAGGUUGGGCGGCAAAACCCGGGCCACACGAUCCACACCGAUCCGAUCCCAAAUCACCGACCCGCAUCCGAAUCCUGACCUGACCAAAUGCGGUAAAAAUAGCCGCACCGCACCGCAUCGCAUCCGAUUCGCACCGAACCGCCAGGUCUUGCGGAAUCCGCUAGAAAACGCCGAGGAAAGUCAAGGAGAGCAUACGUAUAGCAUAUAGGAUAUAGAAUAUAGAAGGGCUUAUCAAAAUGUCCAAACGCCACCGCCUCACGCCCUUUACCAUUGCCAAGGAGCCAGAGGCCGCCAUAGUCCCGCCACGCAACCUGGACUCGCGGGCCACCAUUCAAAUUGGCGACCAGACCUUUGACAUUGAUGCAGAUAGUCUGGAGAAGAUCUGCGAUCUGGGCCGUGGCGCCUAUGGCAUCGUGGAGAAGAUGCGUCAUCGACAAACCGAUACGGUCCUGGCCGUCAAACGCAUACCCAUGACCGUAAAUAUUCGAGAACAGCACCGCCUUGUGAUGGAUUUGGACAUAUCGAUGAGAUCCAGCGACUGCCCCUACACCGUCCACUUCUAUGGCGCGAUGUAUCGCGAGGGCGAUGUUUGGAUUUGCAUGGAGGUGAUGAGCACCAGCCUGGACAAGUUCUAUCCGAAGGUCUUCCGCCACGAUCUGCGAAUGGAGGAGAGCGUGCUGGGCAAGAUUGCAAUGAGCGUGGUCAGUGCGCUGCACUAUCUGCACGCCCAGCUGAAAGUCAUCCAUCGGGACGUCAAGCCCUCGAACAUACUGAUCAAUCGGGCCGGCCAGGUCAAGAUCUGUGACUUUGGCAUCUCAGGCUACCUCGUGGACUCCAUUGCCAAAACCAUCGAUGCCGGUUGCAAGCCGUACAUGGCGCCGGAACGCAUCGAUCCCCAGGGAAAUCCGGCGCAAUACGACAUCAGGUCGGAUGUUUGGUCGCUGGGCAUCAGCAUGAUAGAAAUGGCCACUGGCCGCUACCCGUACGACAAUUGGCGAACGCCAUUUGAGCAACUGCGUCAGGUGGUUGAGGACAGUCCGCCGCGCCUGCCAGAGGGAACCUUUUCGCCGGAGUUCGAGGACUUCAUCGCCGUCUGCCUGCAGAAGGAGUACAUGGCGCGGCCCAACUACGAGCAGCUGCUCAAGCACAGCUUCAUCGUGGAGCACCUGCAGCGCAACACGGACAUCUCGGAGUUUGUGGCCAGGAUACUGGAUCUGCCCGACACCCAGCCGGCGCAGUAGGUUAAUGGUCGGGUAGAAGGUUAAUGGUUAACCCAUGGCGCCAUCCCCUUAACCCCUUACGCCGUGCCCGUGCCCGUGUAAAUUGCCGCCGUCUUCUUCUAGCAUGCAUUUCGUACAUGUUGUGUGUGUGUCCCCCGUCUGUGUGACAGCAAAAGGAAUAAAGCUAUACAUAUAUGAAUGAAGUCCAAGGAAAGCCCGAAAACCCAUCAGCAAUCAGCUCUAAUCUAAAGAUUCAAAAGUGGAAACUGCAUAAUUAUUAAUUUAAGUGAGAGAAGCAACAGCAACAUAACCGUUACUAGCAACCUGCAACCUGCAAUAUGCAUAAUGCAAUCGCAAUCUACGCCUUGCAACGCUCAAAAAAUGGAUAACCGAACCGUGCCUCCCAGCUGGCGAUGCUGCUGAUGUCUUAAAGCAUAAUACCAUUUUAAUAUAUAUUUUUAAAAGAUAAUAGCUUAGUCAACGAAAAAACAAGAACAGAAGCAAAACAAGCAAAACAAUGAAUGUAAAAAACGUACUAAACUUAAAUGAUAAUUUGUACAACUUUUUGAACACCAAAAUAGCCGAACAGAAAGUGUAAUUGUAAUUAUAAUUGUUUAACAAAUAUAUAUUACGUAAAAUAGCUAAA